AUGUUGCUUUCGUCACGGAAUGAUACUCUUCCUCCAGGUAUGCUACCAUCUUGUCAGUUUGGGCGAACGCAUUCCAAUCCUGUUUUGGCGAGCGCCUUGUGGGAGACAGAUUCUGUUCGCAACGCGUCUUUCCACGGAGGUCGCACCGUUGUCUCAAGAUUGUUGCAAAAACAACGCCUUACGGAGACGAUGCGCGUGCUUGUCAUUGGCGCUCCGCAGGUGGGAAAGUCUUCGUUGAUAAAUAGUUACCGGGCAGCUGUGACCAACAAUGCAAAGUGGCCUGCCGCACCGGUGGGUAUUUGUGGUUUUUGUGGAACAACCACCAUUGAUCCUUUUCCCAAUCAUCCCACCGAACCGACAUGGUUGUGCAUCGACACGCCGGGAAGGUUCUACGAUGCUGGUAGCCGGCGAAUCCUCAAAAAACUUUGCUCAGGGGUGCCGUGGAAAACACGUCUUGCCGGUAACGAUGCCCUGAGCCCGGAAGAGCUUGAAGGACUUCCUACUGUUUCUGAAAAUAGUCCUCAUCAGUGCAUUGUGGUUGUUCCUGCGACGGAUUUGAUACAAGACAACGGGUGGACGAGUUUUUUAUUUUUUAUGUCUCGCUACGAAGCGGCCCCUGACGCGGAAGGUGUUGUCAUGAACCUGCAAGGCCUUGUUUCCACUCUCCGCCCCUUUCUGCAUGAUGCGUCCCCAUUUGUUGUGAUAUCCAAGAUGGAUCUUGUCGGUGGUGCUGGAAAUACGACGGCUCGGCGGGCUAUUGUAUCUAUGCUAACGCGCUGCAUUCCAGUGAACCGUUUGUACUUUUGUGCGUGUCCAAAUGAUGAGUCCUCACACGAGAAAAAACUUCUUCUUCGACUUGAUCCGGAUACUCGGGUGAGUUUGAUUCGGUUACACGAGGAUUUGUCGCUAGCUUUUCGGUGGAGGAGAUUGCUGGAGGAGGACGCGUAA